AUGUCCGCGGUGAGAAAGCAACAGGAUGAUUGCUACAACGCAUUAUUUACAAGCUUUAUAGCAAGCUAUCUUCUCUGCGGCAUGUCUUUGUUAACACUGACUGCAAUAAGCGUGGAUAGGCUGCUCGCCUUAACAUUAGGGCUGAGAUACAGACAAGUUGUGACUGUGAAAAAGGCGUGCGCGUGUGUCAUCAUGUUCUGGAUUGUUUCCAUUAUCUUUUCAGCGAUGUAUGCGCAGAACGUCCGAAUAACAAUAUGGUAUAGCCAUAUAGUUAUACCAGUAAGCUUCUUCACCUCAGUUUCGUCUUAUACAAAGAUUUUUUGGGAACUCCAUCGCCAGGAAAUCCAGGUACGCGGCAACAUCAUUCAGCGAGUGCAAUCAAGCAACUCGAGUUCUGCUCCACUGAACAUAUCUCAAUAUAGAAAAGGAGUGUCCAGCGUAAUUUGGUUGCAGGUGGCAGUUGCUGUUUGUUAUCUUCCACAUGGUAUAAUCACAGCUUUGUGGACCUAUAGUGGACAGUCGUCGGCUAUUAUUGUGCUCAGACAAUUUACAAUAACUCUAGUUUACUUUAACUCGUCACUAAACCCGUUGCUUUACUGCUGGAAGAUAAGUGAGAUGAGACAAUCGGUGAAGGAACUACUCAGACGAACACUUUGCUGCUAAUUGAUUUAAAGGCUAGAAAAUUGUCCUUAAAGUGCUAACAGCCACCUUAUAGAAUUGAGCAAAAAGAGCAGCUGUUCUUUCCCAUAAUUGACACUGCUAAUUUCAAUAUAUACCUAGCUGAUGGAAAAAAGGGCAUAUUACGUACAGUGCUUGGAUUUGAAUUUCAACCACAAUUGUUAAUAAUAUUUCUCACGAGUGAUUGAAGCGAACUUAUCAGAUGUGUCAUCAACGGGAGAAGAUUAUUUCUUAUCCACGUGCAGACCUGUAAAGUUCUGUUUAUUUUAUAGAUAUUAUGUUUAGAUGAAGUACCACUUUAAAACACAUUUUAACAACGCCGAAUGAAUAGAUCACCUGCAAGAAAACUGCUUUCAUUUCUAACUCGAAAACAAAAUAUUUGCUUGUAAAAAUGAUGUCUUGCCAUUAAAAGAGUUGAAUUCAAUCCUAGCAACAUUGAUAAAUUGAAAAAAGAAAAUCGUCGUGGAGUGUUUCGCCACCAUGUUGAUAAACACAGUCACCAUAAUAAUACUGAUAUCUUCUCAGGUAACGAUAUAAUGAUACGCCAACUGCACCAGGUGAAGUUGUCAUGUUUUCGAAGUUGGACAAAUACUGUUAUUUCGUCAAUCCCUGUAUUAUAGAUUGCUCUAGUAUUUGCGUUUUGCUCAACUGCGGUCUCGCCUAAUAUCAAAGUGUUUUUCGCUAAUUUGUGUGGAAAGCUUUUCUACCUCGAAUAUAUUAUGGGGAAAGGGGCAUUGCUUUUCUUGACUUUCUUUAAACCAAUGUUCACGGGUUUUAAAAAGAAUGUCCACGGUCUGAAUACAUUCUACCAUCUAGAGAACAAGAUUCGGUGUCACACGCAACAUUUUCACCUAGUAUAAUUGCUCUUGUGAUGGUGGAAAUUCUAACACUCAGAUUGGUCGAGGGUUGAAUCGUACCUAACUAUAAUUACCUCGCGCAAGGUGAUUAUAGCAGGAGCGCUAAAUUUCGAAAUAGCUGCCUCGCCUUUUAAGUGCAAUUAAAGGAAAUGGUCGUAAGAGAACCCAAAGGUUUUUACCUUAUGGAUUAAAAUCUUAGUCAGAAAUUAUAAGCAGACAGCAACAUUGGGAGAUAAGUUCACUAUACUCCUUGCAAGAGGUGUGGGUUUUCCAGUUCAAGUUUUGUCGAGACAAACUAAGUCUAUCACCAAAAUUAGCAAAAAAGAAACGUGGUUGGCAGAGACCACAAUUCCAAAAAAAAAACUGAACUAUUAGCCUUUAUUAUACUAUAUUAGUAUAUCGAAAUUAUAAUUGUCUAUUUCUUCUAUACGGCACCUGUUCAUUUUGACAGUCACUACUUGCGCAAGUCAAAUUGAUGCCGGAAAUUAAUAUUGUUUCAGACUGUUAUCUCCGAAUAACGGCUGCUCCAAUCGUGGUAAGAAGGCAUCGAAAGAACUGGAAAUUUUACAAAAGGAAGAAUUUCUUUUACCGAAAGUGCGCUUAGCUCUCAGAAAAGCUUAAGCCAUCAUCAAUUCUAUAAGCUAACUAUAAGCUCUUCCAGGCCCCAGCCUUGUAAUUUAUUAACAGAAAAGUAUUUCUCUGAUUAUAUCUUUAACCGAUUGUCUCACUUCUCUGAUCUUCCAGCAGUAAAAUAACGGGUUUAGUGCUGAAUUUACGUAAACUAGAGUUACUGUAAAUUGUCUGAGCACAGUGACAGACGAUGACCGUCCACUAUAGGUCCACAAAGCUGUAGUUAUACCAUGUGGAAGAUAACAAACAGCAACUGCUAACUGUAGGCACAUUACACUGAACACUCCCUUCCUAUAUCGAGAAAUAUGCAGUGGCCCUGAACUUGAGUUGCUUGACUGCUCAGGUUGGAUAAUGUUGCCACGUACCUGAAUUUCAUGGCGGUGGAGUUUCCAAAAAAUCGUCGUGUAAGACAAAAUUGAGGUUACAAAACAAACAGGUAUUGUUAUGUGGGUGUACCAUGUUGUGAUACGAGAAUCAUGCGCAUGCAUCACGGAGCAUACAACACAAAAAAUCCAGAAUACAAGAACGAUUGCUCGUGCCCUGUUCAGCGUCACAAUUUGUUUAUAUCUUACCCUUAAUGACAAAGCAAGAAGUCUGUCCACGCUUAUUGCAGUCAUUGUCAACAAAGAUAUGCCACAGAGGAGAUACCCCACGAUGAUACUGGUAAAAAACGUGUUAUAACAUUCAUCCCAUCGUUUUCUCACCGCUGAAAUCCAGUACGUGAUGGUUAGAGGCUCAGAAAUGACACCAACGAGGAGAUCAGUUGUAGCCAGGGAUCGGAGAAACAGUUUGGACGGCGCGUGAAGAGAUGUCUCUUUAUGAAGGGCAAUCAGGAUCAGAAUAUUACCCAGAGAUGAACAAAUGGCCAGCAAGAAAUUGAACACCGAAAGAAAUAUCAAAUAGCCGUGUAUUCCCGUAGUUAAUUCCUGAGAGCAAAACAACCGCUCAUAAGUUUCCUCCUUGCCAUCUUCAGAAAUGUUUUGGUAAAUCGGCAUGAUUUAAGCGACAGAAAUGAUUUAAUAAGUUUUUGUAUACUCAGUUUGGAGUUAUAUAUCAUUGUGAGCUAUCUGCUUAUUGGUCUUCGCGCAAUUUUAACGCUUAAACAUGUCAUUAUUAGAUUGUUUAUCUUUGAGCAGGUGAAUUUGAGAAUCUCUACUCUUAAUGGAAUUUUUAAUUAAAAAUGUCUUUUAUGACGAAGGAAAAUUGAGUAGACUCUUUUUUAAAAACCACUUAAGAUUAUUCCCCUCGGAACCACCGUUGAAUAUUUCAGUAAAAAGCAUAAAUCAGAGGCUUCAUUUGUAUUGAUGAAAUAGUAGCUCAUUCAUCGUAAUCAGGCGUAAUUUUAGCGUCUUAAAACAUUUCUUUGAAUUUCUGAUAUUAUUGAAUUAACACGAAUGUAGACAGUAUUAGCUUUCAUGGUGGUGGAAACUAAAGCAAACAUCCUAUGAUAUUCGAAAAAACCAUACUCACCGUUUUCAAUUUCAUUAUUUCUCGAUGUAAACAUCUACGCCGAUAGCAUGUAAACAACGUGUCGGUAAAACAUGAUCUUCGUGACGACUAGAUAUACCUCUAGUCUGUAAACAGUUAACGAGAGAUUUAUUACCUUUGGUAUAUGUAUAGAUUCAGUUUCUCAACUUAAUCACUCAUUGAAGUUAGAUAAUUCAGCCUUCGUGACUCCAGUAGAGAUGUCGCUGAAAAAGCCAUAAAGCAGUUAUUGUUACAUAUUAUGUAACACUGAUUAACAUUUUUUGUCGACACGUCUCCAUAAUCACAUCUCCACUCUGCAAAGUCUUGACAAUUUGAAAAUACAAAGUGGUAAACUUAUGUAUGCAGACAAUAAGAAGAGAGUCAAUGUACUAUGCAAUGUAACAGGAUCUGUCGUUUUCGUUGAUUUCUGUUUCGUGAGCAAAGCCUCUAAUCAAAUGAAAUGUAAGACAAACUCGUGGAAGCCAAGACCCACAUCAUGGCUAUUUCCGGCAUAGAGUUUGCAUGUGUAUGUGUGUGGUUUUUCUUACAUCAUAAAUCCAAAUUUGAUCAAUCAUUUCGGUCAUGUACAAAUUCAAAGGUAGAAAAUGACACUGAAAUGGUUGUUAACUGCUUAACAUUUCAAGGUGUUCAUAUGAUCGGCAAUAUUCACACUGGAGUUGAAUUUCCAUUGAAAGGCUUCCGCCGUCGACCGCCGGUUUGUUUGCUAUGGGGAGUAAACAGUCAUGAAGUGACCACGUCGUUUAUUUGAUAGACUGUAUCCCAAAGAAAGCUUGAUCUUCUCACUUCCUGUACGCCAAAUUUGGUAGCCUUCGGAAAUCACGCAACUCUUUUUUUUUGUUCUGACAAAUAUUAACAGUUAUGGUUACAGAUCGAAACUUGGUCUCGCUGAGAGCCAGAGAGGAGUCCUCGUGUAACCUUUUGACUCCCACGAGUAAUCAAGAUAGAAAUGCUGUUUAAAAUAAUAUUACAAUAUCAAGAAGACACGUGACGAGAAUAAAGAAAAACGUUAUUAGUUGAUCCAAAACCAAAUUCUCCACACGAAGCUCACAAGCAUUGUAUGGAAGACUGUGAGGAGAAUUACAAAUGAGAUCUUGGGAGUGAAAGGGUUAAGUACAAAUUGGUUUUGAUAUCGAUAUCUCUUGUCCAAGAAGGUAUGUCAGGGCUAUUGUUUAGUGGAAUACCCUUCUUAGUGUAAGGCAUCCUACGGAAGGAAAAAAAUUUAACGGUAUACCUGUUUGCUGUACCACAAAAUCUAAAAUAACUUAACUAUCUUUUGAAAAAUAUUCCUUGAAAACUAGAUGAGGACCUUAUAACUUUGUUUAGCAUUAUGUUUCUCAGCUUCAUAUCACAGACCCAAGUCAGCCUCAUCCGUAAAGGGAUCGAAAAUCAUAUUCGUCCUUAUACUGGGCCUUUCCAGAGGUUAUAUAGAAUCUUCGAGCCCAUGCCACCAAAUUUGAUUCACGUUCAGCGACACCUGCUCUCUGCCCUACAGGCCGCUCGGGAGUUUUAGUCCAUGAGGACCUACAAUCCAAAUUUGGCUAAAUUCAAUUGUCUUUAAUCGAAACAAUAAUUUUUACUCAUCCAUCCAUUACCUAAUGCAUUAAUAUUGAUUGCCUUUGAUUGACACCACACACAACGAAAACAAGACAGUGAUUGGCGUUUAAUUACGUUGUCGAGUUUAAUUUAGUCCAUGAAAAGUUUGCGACUUUCUUUGCAAACUUUUCUGCUGUUUUGAGGACUCAGUGAUUAUCUAAAUGACUUUAUCAAGUGGUCUCAAUAAAACCACAAUUAGGAGGACGGGAAUUAGAAACCAAAAGAAUAAAAACACUGAAUUUUCAUCCAAAUUUAAGAAAAUUAAUUGAUCGAAAAAUAUCGUGAUAAUUGUUGAUUUCAGGUUGUAUUCUUUUGAAGUACCAGCGUAUUCUUUUAACCCUUUUACUCCCAGAAGUGAUUAACAAGUAACUUCUCCCUAUAAUAUCCAUACACUAUCCAGCAGGUAAUGAGAAUACUCAAAUGUAUCAGGUAGAAGUUGUUAUCUUGAUCUAAAACCAAAUUCUCGCAACUUAUCUACAUGGACAUGUGUGGCAGCUAGAGGGGAGAAUUAACAAUCAGAUCUGGGGAGUUAAAGGGUUAAGAAACCAAAAAUUGAAUUAAAAAAAUGGUAACCACGAAACAUAAUUAAUAUCAAAAAGACAAAAAGUUUGGGUGGAAAAAAAACCGAUCUCAGAAAUCACCUAAACGAGGAAGUGUUAACCCCUUAACCACCAAAAGUGAUUGAUAUAUAACCUCUCCCUAUAAUAUCCAUACAAUAUCCAGUAAAAAGGUAAUGAGAAUAUUCAAACUUAUCAGAUUGAAGCUGUUAUCUUGAUAAAACACCAAAUUCUCAUGACGUAUUAACAAGAAAUUGUGUAGAAGCUAGAAGGGAGAAUGGACAAUCCGAACUUGGAAUUUAGGGUUUUAAGAGAUUCCAGUUCUAGUGUGAAAAGGACCGGCCGUUAAAGUGUUCCGUUGCUGUUAAUCAGUAACAAAUCAGCACUUGGUUGUCCGUUUUAAACGACUCAAACUGCAACGAAAGAGACAAUGGACGAACAAUGGGACAUUUCAAACGAAUCUUAAAUAUGAGAGUCAUUUUCGUUGAUACAAAUGACUCCCAUGGGGCAGCUGUUCAAAGAAUUGUGAACGUGCAAGCUGCGUAUUUAAGAGGAAAAAAAUUAUAUAAAUGCCUUCUUUUGUUCUCACUAAUAAUAAGUGACAUCAGCAGAUAGACACAGGAAACUAGUAGUCAUGAGCACCAGAUCAACUAAUGGCCAUGUGAAUGUAAGUGUCACUAAAAAUCAAGAAGUGACAGGGAGAUCAAAAAGAAAAAAAAAACGAAAACAUCUACCUUUUUGCAAUAGAUAGUGGGAUGCUUUUUCGGAAAAAUGAAGUGCGUAAAUGUGAAUAAAUGGAAAGAAAAAAGUAUUAAGAGUUACCAUUGUGGAGAUAUCAGAAAAAAAAUUACGAUGGAAUAUUUUUUAUCAUUAAUGAGUUUUGAAUAUUUGUGAUGGAUUUAAGAUUUAAAAAAGAAUUCAUUUUAAGGGAACCUAGUAUUCUUAGUUCUUAGGUUAACUGAAUUUAUUUCGAUUCUUUAUCUUCUAUCAAAAAGAUGAAAUUUAGCAUAGCGAACAAGUUGAUUUAUGUUUGAUCCAUUGUUUUGAGUCGAUUCAAAUUAACUGACUUGUUAAGCAUAAUGAUGGAAAGUUCUAAGAGUAUUUCACACGUUAUUUAAAUAAAAGGAAUAAGAAGAGACCGUUUAAAUAAAUAAACCUGAUGGAGGAAAACACGGAAUCACACAGCUUGCUGACAGAUGCACAUCGCCGGGUACGUGGACGUAAUCUGCACGAGCGAUUCCGAAACGGGAUACCGGGCGAGAAUUGUUGGCAGAGACUGUUUCGGCUCCUACGGGAAAAUUGAAAAAAGAUGUUCUUUUUUUAAGCAUAAGCAUGACUACAAAGCCGUCUUAAGAUCGUUGAAGGACAGGAUGUAAAAUUUCCCAUCAAAAUAUGACAGAUGAAUGUCAGCUCAAUAUCAGGAACUAGUGAAUUUAAGUAGUUCUCCAACCAGAAAAGUCAACAUCCCUCUCGAAGAACAAAAUAUUUUUCAAUAUAAGAUUUUGUUGAAGCAGUAGGGAAAAAUCAGUUUCAUUGCAGGCAAUUUAGGAAACAUCAAAUUUUCGCCUCGACAUGUCGACAUCGUUUUUAAACUUAACUGGAGAUGAACAGCAGAAAACACUUGGACAGUUAAUCUGUUCAGCCGCAGUAACAAACGGAACAGUACCCGCUCAGGUAGUCUAUCUCGCAGUUAUGAAUAUAAUUCUGUCCAUUAUUGCAAUUCUUGAAAAUACUUUGAUACUCCUUGCCUUGCACAAGGAGUCUUCGCUGCAUCCGCCGUCCAAGCUCCUUCUCCGAAGCUUAGCGACCACCGAUCUGUGUGUAGGGCUUAUUGCCCAACCUGUGUAUGCCAGCUAUCAGAUAAGUCUCGCACAGGGACACUGGUCUGUUUGUCGCUUCAAAUUCGACAUAAGCUUUUUAGCAGGUUAUAUACUAUGUUCAGUGUCUUUAUGGACAAUAUCUGCAAUAAGCGUUGACAGACUUCUCGCUUUGUCUUUGGGUAUCAGAUAUCGACAAGUUGUAACUUUGAAACGAGCCAAUAUUCUUGUCUUCACCUUUUAG